CGGUUGAGAGCACACAAGCCGCUUUAGGAGCGAGGUUCAGAGCCAUCGCUGCUGCCUGCUGAUCCGCGCCUAGAGUUUGACCAGCCACUCUCCAGCUCGGCUUUCCCGGCGCCGCGAGAUGCUGUCCUGCCGCCUCCAGUGCGCGCUGGCUGCGCUGUCCAUCGUCCUGGCCCUGGGCGGUGUCACCGGCGCUCCCUCGGACCCCAGACUCCGUCAGUUUCUGCAGAAGUCCCUGGCUGCUGCCGCAGGGAAGCAGGAACUGGCCAAGUACUUCUUGGCAGAGCUUCUGUCUGAACCCAACCAGACAGAGAAUGAUGCCCUGGAACCUGAGGAUCUGUCCCAGGCUGCUGACCAGGAUGAAAUGAGGCUUGAGCUGCAGAGAUCUGCUAACUCCAACCCGGCUAUGGCACCCCGAGAACGCAAAGCUGGCUGCAAGAAUUUCUUCUGGAAGACUUUCACAUCCUGUUAGCUUUCUUAAUUAGUAUUGUCCAUAUCAGACCUCUGAUCCCUCGCCCCCACACCCCAUCUCUCUUCCCUAAUCCUCCAAAUCUUCAGCGAGACCCUUGCAUUAGAAAUUGAAAACUGUAAAUAUAAAAUAAAAUUAUGGUGAAAUUAUGAAAAA